UCCUUCAUUGUGUCGUCUCGUCCAUGCCUUGCCCCCCAUCCGAAUUCAUCCAACGUCCAUCGCUGUAUAUAACUCUCACUGUGUGCCUAACUAUUAUUUUGUGAAGGAAGAGUUGUAGAAAAGAUAUUAGUGCCGUGGUGUGUCAUUGGUGAUACGGAAAAUGCAAAUGCUUUUAGAAUUUCAAUAGUCUUAGUGUUAAGUGCAUUCGUAAAAAGCUUCCAUCAUGAAGACUGCGUUGAUGGUGGCUGAAAAGCCGUCACUGGCUCAAAACCUUGCAAAUAUACUUAGUAAUGGAAAAUGCACUACCAAUAAAGGUUCCAAUAAUGCGUGUUCCGUUCACGAAUGGAAUGGUAACUUCAAAAACGAGCUGGUACACUUCAAGAUGACUUCAGUCUGUGGUCACGUUAUGAGUUUGGAUUUUAUCGGCAAGUACAACAACUGGGACAAAGUAGAUCCCAUUGAGUUGUUCAGCUGUCCCACUGAGAAGAAAGAGGCUAUGCCUCGGCUUAGAAUCCCUGUGUUUUUGGGUCAGGAGGCUAGAGGAUGUGACUAUCUCAUUCUAUGGCUGGAUUGUGAUAAGGAAGGAGAGAAUAUAUGCUUUGAGGUAAUGAGUUGUGUAGCGCCAUACCUGAAAGGAGAUGUUUGUUCCCCUCUGGUAACAUACCGUGCACACUUCUCAGCUAUUACGGACAAGGACAUAAAGGCAGCUAUGCUGAACCUCGGCAGGCCCAACGAGAAUGAGUCUCGCAGUGUGGAUGCUCGGCAGGAACUUGAUUUGAGAAUUGGGUGUGCUUUUACUCGCUUUCAAACUAAAUAUUUUCAAGGCAGAUAUGGAGACCUUGAUGCAUCACUAAUUUCCUAUGGACCUUGUCAGACCCCAACUCUUGGAUUCUGUGUCCAACGUCAUGAUGAUAUCCAGACAUUCAAACCAGAGACAUACUGGGUGUUGAGGGUCACAGCGUCCACGUCCGAAGGAAGGGAGUUGCCGCUCGAAUGGAAGAGAAUACGCAGCUUUGAGAAAGACAUUGCAAAUAUGUUCCUUGCUGGUAUCAAGGAGAUUAAAGAGGCUACGGUUGUCAAAAUUCAAGCUAAAGAGAAAGUGAAGCCUCGUCCAGCAGCCCUGAACACAGUGGAGCUGAUGCGAGUAGCGUCUGCUGGCUUGGGGAUGGGUCCUCAUCAUGCUAUGCAGGUAGCUGAGCGGCUAUACACGUCGGGUUACAUAUCGUAUCCGCGUACUGAGACUACUAGUUAUUCCGAGAACUUUGACCUCCUGGGCACGCUGCGACAACAGCAGAACUCAUCGAAAUGGGGUGCGGAGGUGCGCGAGCUGAUCGCGGCCGGCAUCAACAAGCCGAAGAAGGGCCACGACGCCGGUGACCACCCGCCCAUCACGCCCAUGAGGCCUGCUUCGGAAUCAGAGUUGGAGGGAGACAGUUGGCGCAUAUACGACUAUAUCACGCGGCACUUCAUAGCCACACUAUCCCGAGACUGCAAGUACUUGUCUACAACGAUUACAUUCCAAAUUGGGACAGAGACGUUUUAUUAUACUGGCAACACUCUUGUGGAUGCCGGGUACACGGAGAUCAUGCACUGGCAGGCGUUCGGCAAAGACGAGUUCGUGCCCCCGCUCAGCGAGGACGAGGUGCUGCGUGCGCACGACCACCGCCUGGUGGAGUGCCAGACCUCGCCGCCGGAAUACUUGACCGAGUCCGAGGUGAUCACACUGAUGGAGAAGCACGGGAUAGGCACGGACGCCUCGAUCCCGGUACAUAUAAACAACAUUUGUCAAAGGAACUACGUGACUGUAGGCAGCGGCCGACGACUGGUGCCCACCAAUCUUGGGAUCGUACUCGUUCAUGGAUAUCAGAAGAUUGAUCCUGAACUGGUCCUACCAACAAUGCGUUCAGCGGUAGAAGAACAACUGAACCUCAUAGCAGUAGGACGAGCUGAUUUCCAAGCGGUCCUCGCGCACACUACGGAGAUAUUCCGGCGCAAGUUCCAGUACUUCGUGCGGUCCAUCGAGGCCAUGGACCAGCUGUUCGAGGUGUCGUUCUCGUCGCUGAAGGCCAGCGGGAAAGCCUUGUCUAGGUGCGGCAAGUGUCGCCGCUAUAUGAGAUAUAUACCGGCGAAACCUGCUCGUCUCCACUGUUCGCACUGCGACGACACAUACGGCCUCCCUCAGAACGGCACCGUGCGCAUCUACCGCGAGCUGAAGUGUCCUCUGGAUGACUUCGAGCUGCUGUCCUGGUCUUCCGGGAACAAAGGGAAGAGUUUCCCCCUCUGCCCCUAUUGCUAUAACCAUCCUCCAUUCAGGGACAUGAAGAAAGGCUUUGGCUGCAACUCUUGCACACACCCCACUUGUCCGUACGGGGUCAAUUCCACCGGAGUGUCUGGCUGCGUGGAGUGCGAAUCUGGGGUGCUGGUGUUGGACCCCUCCGCACCUAAGUGGAAACUGGCCUGUAACCGAUGCGACGUGAUAAUAAACAUAUUCGAGGACGCGUGGCGCGUGUCGGUGUGCGAGCAGCAAUGCGCGGUGUGCGGCGCGCAGCUGGUGUCGGUGGAGUACCGGCGCGAGCGCACGCGCCUGCCCGCCGCGCUCACUGACAUGACCGCCUGUCUCUACUGCGAGCCCAGCUUCACUGCUCUGGUGGAGAAGCACCGCGCGGUGGCGUCUCGAGCGCCGACAGCGCGCGGACGCGGGCGCGCGCGCGGACACAAGCACCGCAACAAACAGCCGAAGGACAAAAUGGCGCAACUCGCCGCUUACUUCGUCUGAGCGGCCUCAUUGCUCCGUCACGCUACGUUGCGUCGACACAACACGUAUUAUUUCGGGAGUAAUUUGUCUUUAGCUAACUAAAUGAUCUGCAAAUACUGAAUAUUUUGUUUUUUUAGAAUGUUCAAGUAUUGUAUCCAGUGCAAUAUGGAUAUGAUAAAAUUGUCUAAACAUGUGGCGUAAUUAUAUGUAUUUAUAGGUGUACGCGAGAAAAAACUAACUUUUUUGUAACUAUGUAGAUAUUUAUUUUUAUUGUAAGUGCAAUAAAUCCUUUAUGUGA